CUAAGUUCGAUUCAAUACAAUCUGGCAGCUCUCUCUUUUGAUUAACCAACUGCUGCCCUGAACUUUUCUUUGUGGUUUCCCUGUUUCCGGAGAAGAAGGCGAUUGAAGCCGUCGGCAGCCUGGUCCGAACAUCUGGAAUCUAAAAUUUGCGGAACCCAAUUUGCGUUUGUCGUCGGCCGUCGCCACUGAUCGGCGUCACCCGUCGAACGACACUCUUCCGGCGUUUCCCAUUGCAGACAAGAGCCUGGCAUGGCCGCAUGGGAGACUCUCAAAUUCCAUCCGCCCUCCUUAGUUUCGACGACGCGGUGAUUGGAAAAUGGAGUUCUCUUCCACAACUACUGAAACGAGAGCCAGGAGAAGCCUUGUAUUAACGGUGUCGGAACUGCAUUCGAGAAUCCAUCGUUUGGUUUUAAAUGUGAACUAAGUUUGCGCGAUGAAAUGCAAUCACGUUCAAGCUGUUAGACUUGUGAUUGUUGUUUGAUUAAAAUGUUUGUUCUGGUUCUGUAGGAUUUUAACAGGAGUGGCCCAUAGGAGAAAGUUUCUGGUGAUACAAGGAGUUAGAUAUACAUAUGGUUGAUCUCAUGUUUGCUCAGAAGCUAAUCAAUAGCAGUAGUAGGAGCCAGAACUCCUUGCCUUUGCUUUACCCUCUUCGGAAUUUUUCGCUCUGGUCUAUGAAAAAGGACCCUGAUCUUGAAGCUGCUCUAUCUAGAACCCGCAGAUGGAUUGUCAAAAAUCAGAUAAAGAACAUGAUUCUAAGAUGUCCAGACCAAGCUGCCUCUGUCAAAUAUCUGCAGAAGAAGUUCAGGACUCUUGAUCUUCAAGUGAAGGAGGAAGAAUCUGUUAAAGAUAUGCAGGAGCCCUUUUAUGUCGAGCGUCUAGCCAAGUUGUUGAUGAUGAGCACUAACCAGAGGAUCAAUGUUGUCAAACUUAACGAGCUGAGAAGAAAUUUGAGAUUUCCAGAUGAUUACAUAAUCAGAAUUCUCCCGAGAUACCCGAACAUGUUUCGACUUGUCAACCACACUGGGAGAAAGAGUUCAAUGGAGAUCGAACUUUUAUCAUGGAACCCGGAUUUUGCAGUUUCUGCUGUCGAAGCCUCGGCAUUGGAGAGAGGUUGCAGCCCUUGUUUUUCAUGUUCUCUGCCUUCGUCUUGGGUUCAGUCAUGGGAGAGAUUUCAUGAAUUCAAUGCCAUUCCGUAUGUUUCACCUUAUGUUUGUGCCAGUGGAUUGGUGGAAGGCACUAUGGAGAUGGAGAAACGAACUGUGGGUUUAGUACAUGAAUUGCUCUCGCUGACUUUGUGGAAGAAGAUGUCAAUCGUUAAGCUGGGGCACUUCAAAAAAGAGCUUGGUUUACCAGACAAAUUGAAUGUUCUGUUGUUAAAGCAUCCUGGCAUAUUCUAUGUGUCCAACAUAUACACAGUUCUUCUGAAAGAUGCAUAUAAUGGCUCGGAACUAAAAGAGAUGGAUCCUCUCGUUGUUGUCAAGGGAAAAUUUGGUGAGUUGAUGUAAGAAGGACUUCAUGAGUAUAACCAGCGACACUAUUUAAUGAAUUUUGAGAAACAUAAGGAGAAAGGGAUUGUUGCUGCAAGGUCUGGGAAAAGGAAGGAUAGAAGUAGUGAAACGUCAGAACAAGAUAAUGGAGAUAAGGUUGGUGGUUUGUUCAACCCUGAGGAAAGAAAAAGGUUCUAUAAGGUUCUUUUUGAUGAUGCUGGCCCAUGAAAUCCGUUUGGUUAGUAAUCUGCUCACGGUAGGCUACUGGUAUUAACUAGUAUCGGUGAAACCAAACAAAGAUGGAGCUAUUCUCAACAAAGACUCUAAGGUACUUGGGUGAAACUUUCUAGCAAAGAGAAAACAAAUGGUGCUCCUAGUCGGAUGUGUAAACCCACAAUUGGUCAUGUUCCUUAUCUUCAUUAAGAAUCCUUCACUCACAUGCUUCCUAACAAACAUGGUGGGAUGAGAGCCGGCUCGGGACCAAUCAACCCAUGUGAUGCUGUGGUUCGUGUUUAGCUCCGGCAAGAUCUUGGUCACAAGCGUCGGGAAGUAAUGCUCAUCCAUGUAACACGGUGGGGGCUUACAAUGUUGUGUGAGAAUAGGGUAGUACUUUAUGUCAGAGACCAUCUGAACUGCGACACUACGAUGGACUUCAAACCAUUGAGAACCUUUGUGCCAGUCAGCCAGUGUCAGCUCUGGCUCCAUUCUUUUGUUGUAUCGUCCCCUGCCCAUAGGGCGAGGGUCAUCGAUCGAGCCCAGGAAGCUCUGAUUCCAGGAGCUGAUAAUAAGGUAGUUGUAGAUUGUGGUGAAAUUGAAUAUAGGAAUGCAGGUAUCCGAGAGAAGAAUGAAUCUUUCGUUCGACCAGUCCAGAAGUGCAUUGGCAAGUUAUCGACUUUCUGCAUCCACCAUUGUUGCUGUUCUCCAUUGCACUGGCUACAAUUAAUUAGCUGUAAGUUGCAACUUACAUGAAAAAAGAAGGGGAAAAAACAGAUUAUAAAGGUGGGUUUUGACCUUGCUUGGGAUCAUGCGAUUGUAAAAGACAGAUGAUGAAUGGGGAGGCGUGAAAUCUGUUAUCGAAGAAACAUGAAGAUAAAUGGAGUAAAAGCCUUCAUGACCUUUGAAGAAUAUCUCCCAGAGAGGUGCAAGUGGCAAGCUCCCCUGCUUAAGAACAUGAAUGCCAGUUUUGGGGUGCGAUUAUAAGGAUACUGCGAGAUGCGUGGCUCCAUCGAUGCCCACCACAGUAACUCCUCGUCAUUCAUUGAAUGCCAUACUUGAUCUGCUGAUGGAGAAACCGAAGAAGUUUUCAUGGUGCUGGAAGCACAAUUGGGUGUUGGAGUGAAGAAAAUAGCAGGAAGUACUUCUUCCAUUGAAGAAGAGGAAGACAAGAACUCUGUUACAUGGGUCCGUAAGAAAGCCCCAAGAAACAGAACAAUCGAUGCAAUGAACAACCAGAGAAUAAUGGUGGUGAUUCCUACAUGAAGGCUUCCAUCUCUACUGGAUUCUCUUCUGAGUCGCACUGGAAGGUAUUUGGCAAAUAUUGUCACCUUGAAUUGCCUCAUUUUUCCUAGAGUCUCUGUAACUGCAUGUUUCUGUUUUGCUAGCCGAGAGAUAAAAACGGGUUUUAAAAAGGGAAUGAAGGAGAAGAAAUAGUGAGGGAUGAAAUGGAGAGAGCGAACACAUGGGAAGUAAUGUUUGGAGGUUAGAAAGUGUCAGUGGGAUGCCACAGAAAGUAGACUUUGCUGUUGCAGAAGAAGUGGAACUGCAGCAGGGCAGAAGGGAAAUGUGAUAACUGAUGAUCAUGAAUUGUCUGUGUUCCUUCUUUUCUUUUUUGCUUCUCAUCUAGCUAGGGUUAAGCUUACUGUACACUUCCACACCACUAGUUUUUAGAAGUGUACAAUAUGAUAAUAGUAGAGUCGCGACUGUUCAAUACGAGUGUCGAGACAGUUCAAUAUGUCAUUACGGAUAAAUCGAAAGACAAAAU